GAAAGCGGCGCUGCGGGACCCACCCCCGGCCCGGCCCGGCCCGGGAGCCCCCGGGAUCCCACCCCGGCCGCCCCGCCGGGACCUGCCGCCCGGGCCUGGCUCGGCCUCGUGUGGAGCAGCGCGGCCGCACCGCCGUGUGAGGGUCCAUGUUUGUGAUUCUCAAUGGAGAGUGAAAACACAGCUUCAUAAUGAAAACCAGCCCCCGUCGGCCACUGAUUCUCAAAAGACGGAGGCUGCCCCUUCCUGUUCAGAAUGCCCCAGGUGAAACAUCAGAGGAGGAAGCUAAAAGUAAAAGACUCCUUGCCCAACAGGAGCCUGGUCAAGCACAGGCCUCCAAGGAGGCGGCAGAGUCCAGCUCUUCCAAGUUUCCAACUGGAAUCAAGAUUAUUAACCACCCUACGAUGCCCAACACUCAAGUGGUGGCCAUCCCCAACAAUGCGGAUAUCCAGAGCAUCAUCGCAGCACUGACUGCCAAAGGGAAAGAGAGUGGCAGCAGUGGACCCAACAAGUUCAUUCUCAUCAGUUGCGGGGGAGCCUCAUCUCACCCUCCUGGACCCCAACCUCAAGCCCAAACCAGCAGUGAUUCCAAGAGGACAGAAGUGAUCACCGAGACACUGGGACCAAAGCCAGCAGUGAAGUGUGUGAAUGUUCCUAGGCUACCAGGAGUCCUUCUGAGGGAAAGACAAGAGAGCUGUGCUGGCAAUGAGGCAGCAGGCUGCAUGCUGGACAACAGCUUAACCAAUAUCCAGUGGCUUGGAAAGAUGAGUUCUGACGGGCUGGGCUCCUGCAACAUCAAGCAAGAGAUGGAGGAAAAGGAGAAUUGUCACCUGGAACAGAGUCAGGUUAAGGUUGAGGAGCCCGUGGGAGCAUCAGUGUCUUGGCAGGACUCUGUGUCUGAGAGGCCACCUUACUCUUACAUGGCCAUGAUACAAUUCGCCAUCAACAGCACUGAGAGGAAGCGUAUGACCUUGAAGGACAUCUAUACUUGGAUUGAGGACCACUUCCCAUAUUUUAAGCAUAUUGCCAAGCCAGGCUGGAAGAAUUCCAUUCGCCACAACCUUUCUCUCCAUGACAUGUUUGUUCGGGAGACAUCUGCCAAUGGCAAGGUCUCAUUCUGGACCAUUCACCCCAGUGCCAAUCGCUACUUGACAUUGGACCAAGUGUUUAAGCCACUGGACCCAGGGUCUCCACAAUCGCCCGAGCAUUUGGAAUCACAGCAGCAGAAACGACCCAAUCCUGAGCUCCGCAGGAAUGUGACCAUCAAAACUGAGCUUCCACUGGGCACACGACGAAAGAUGAAGCCUCUGCUUCCACGGGUCAGCUCGUACCUGGUACCCAUUCAGUUCCCAGUGAACCAGUCCCUAGUCUUGCAGCCCUCCGUGAAGGUGCCAUUGCCCUUGGCAGCUUCACUAAUGAGCUCAGAGCUCGCCCGCCAUAACAAGCGAGUCCGCAUUGCCCCUAAGGUGCUGCUAUCUGACGAAGGCAUAGCCCCACUCCCCACUGCAGGAACAGUGAAGGAGGAGAAGCCUGGGCUUGGAGAAGGGCUGUUGCCUUUGCUUCCUGUUCAGUCCAUCAAGGAGGAAGAAAUCCAGCCUGGGGAGGACAUGCCACACUUGGAGAGGCCUAUCAAAGUGGAGAGCCCUCCCUUGGAAGAGUGGCCCUCCCCGUGCACAUCGAUGAAAGAGGAGCUGUCCAACUCCUGGGAAGAUUCUUCCUGCUCUCCUACUCCAAGGCCCAAGAAGUCCUACAGCGCACUCAAAUCCCCAGCCCGGUGUGUCUCAGAAAUGCUGGUGAUUAAGCGAAGGGAGAAGAGGGAGAUGAGUCGGUCUCGGAGGAAACAGCACCUGCAGCCGCCCUGUCUGGAUGAGCCCGAGCUGGUCUUCUCAGAGGGUCCAAGCACACUGCAACCAACCAUGGAGCCCCUACUCCUGGCAGAGUCCUCGGAGCCUAUGCCCCAGCUCAGCUGCCCUCAAGAGGAGGGAGGACCUUUCCAGACCCCCAUCAAGGAGACACUGCCCAUCUCCUCCACCCCUAGCAAGUCCAUCCUCUCCACUGAGUCCUGGAGGCUCACACCCCCAACCAAAGUUGGGGGGCUAGAUUUCAGCCCAGUACGAACCCCCCAGGGUACCUUUGGCCCCCUGCUUGACUCCCUGGGACUGAUGGAGCUGAGCACUACACCACUGAAAAGCGUUCCCCUCUUUGACUCACCCCGAGAGCUCUUCAAUUCAGAACCCUUUGACCUCGCCUCCAACCCCUUUAACAGCUCUUCUCCCCCACAUCUAGAGGUCCCUAAGCCAGGCUCCCCAGAGCCACAGGUCCCCAACUUUUCAGCCAACCGUUCUCUCACAGAAGGCCUGGUCUUGGAUACAAUGAAUGACAGCCUCAGCAAGAUCCUUCUAGACAUCAGCUUCCCUGGCCUGGAGGAGGACCCGCUGGGCCCUGACAACAUCAACUGGUCUCAGUUCAUGCCCGAGCUGCGGUAGAGGCAAGGCCUUGCACUUGCCUUUGCUGCUCAAGCUGUCCACCAUUCUGGUGCUUACGUGACUAGACAGUCCAAGGCUCUGUGUACUCCAACACCCUGUGGGGGAAGAUAGCAGGCAGGGAUUGUGCUACGUUCCCUGGCCUAAUUAUGCCAAGGUAGUAGUCAUGUCUUAGCCACUGCUUGGAUCUAUGCGAUGGUGGGUUCUGGUCCCUGUCCUACCAGAGAAUCUGAGUCCUGCACUCUCCCUCCUAGGAGCUGAAGGGUGGGAAUGGCAGAGGCAGAAUGGUGAGAAGGGAUUAGGAAGUUCCCAGCAGUCUCCCCACUGCUGGCAGGACAGCCCUUGUAAAUGGUGUGUUCUCCAAAUUAUCCUCUAAUUAUAAACAUAAGCUUAUUUCCUUAGAUCAGUAUCUAGAGACUGCCAGGGUGGGUCAGAUGACGGGGGUGCACGGUUUGCUUCUGUAUGUCACUUUUGGGUUUUUGAGGGGGAAGGGCCUGCAGUGCAGCUUCUUUCA